CCAUUUCUCUCUUCAAAUUUCACCCUUCUCACUCUCUCUCUCUCUACACUCUCCUUCACUCUCUCUCUCUCUCCGACCUAGCGAGACCGAGCGAUCCGACUCUAAUAUCGCGAUGCUCCGCCGCGCAACCUCCGCUCUCCUCUCCGGAGUCUCCCGCCGACGCUUCUCCACCGACGUACCGGCAACGCCCUCGGUGGAUUCGAGCUUCGUGGAGGCGUGGAAGAAAGUGAGCCCGAAUCUGGAUCCUCCGAAGACGCCGCUCUCAUUCAUGAAGGAACGGCCGCAAACUCCCUCGACCCUCCCUACCAAACUCACCGUCAACUUCGUCCUCCCCUACGCUUCCCAAUUGUCCGCAAAAGAGGUUGACAUGGUGAUUGUACCAGCAACAACUGGGCAGAUGGGUGUUCUGCCAGGACAUGUAGCAACAAUUGCUGAGUUGAAACCUGGUGUCCUCUCUGUUCAUGAAGGGAACGAUGUGACAAAGUAUUUUGUCAGCAGUGGCUUUGCAUUCAUCCACGCGAACUCUGUUGCUGACAUAGUAGCUGUUGAGGCCGUGCCACUAGAUCGGAUUGAUGCAAAUCUUGUUCAGAAGGGCCUUCAAGAUUUCACCCAGAAGCUCAACUCAGCCUCAACUGACUUGGAGAAAGCUGAGGCUCAGAUUGGGGUGGACGUCCACAGCGCUCUCAACUCUGCUCUUACAGGCUGAUAAGUACUGUAGUGUUGAGUCCUUUCCUUUUGUAUUUGUUUUUCCCCCCCUCCACUGCGUGGCGUUGAUUUGUCACGGUGUAAUCAAAGUUGCCCAAGAACAUUUUCACCAUGAAUUUCUGUGUUCAAAGUGAUUUCAUAAAAUAAUAUUUCAACAGCUUCCUUCUAGCUCAAGGAUGUUGGGCAAGACCUUCAAAUUAGAAACUAAAGCUUCAUUUUUGCUUUGGAUUAUAUUAUUAUAGGCACUACAUCAUAUUAUUAGUCAUCUAAUGCAAUUCCAUAA